CCUAAUAUUCAUUCUUAUCAUCUAAAUUCAUUAAAAAUUCCUUACCAAACCAGAAAUAUAUAUAUAUAUAUAUAUAAAAUGUUUCUCCCUUAAUGAAAAUCCAACUCAUACUAUUUUCUUUCUUUGUCCGUAUAUAUAUGCGCCCUUAUAACCUUCCAUCAUAGCAAGAAAAACAUUUAUAUAUAUGUGUGUGUGAGUGUUUGUAAGAGAAUACAUAGUUAUAUAACAGAUAAAAAGAGAUUUUUUUUUUGAGUAAAUUAUAGAGUAUUAUAAAAUAUAUAUAAUGAGUUUCUUAAAAACUCUGGUAGUAUUACUAGUAGGGGUGAGAAUAAUGGUAAAUGUUGUGGAGGUGGCUUCCAUCGAUUAUGGGGACGCCUUGUCGAAGAGUAUUUUGUUCUUCGAAGGCCAGCGGUCAGGGAAGCUACCCUCUUCUCAAAGAAUGACAUGGAGAAAGGAUUCUGCUCUUCAAGAUGGCUUUGACAUUGGUGUUGAUUUGGUAGGAGGGUACUACGACGCCGGAGACAAUGUGAAGUUCAACUUUCCAAUGGCGUUUUCCACGACCAUGUUGGCAUGGAGCGUGAUAGAGUUCGGAAAAUCCAUGGGAGCAGACCUCCCUCACGCGCUGGACGCCAUACGAUGGGGCACAGACUACUUACUCAAGGCCACCAGUGUCCCUGGCUUUGUGUUCGUCCAAGUUGGAGAUCCUUAUGGAGACCACAUGUGUUGGGAGAGACCCGAAGACAUGGACACCCCUAGAACACCCUUCGCCGUCUCCAAACAGUUCCCUGGCUCUGAGGUUUCGGCCGAGAUUGCGGCGGCUCUCGCAGCUUCUUCCAUGGCCUUUCGCUCCAGUGAUCGGGGUUACGCUGCUAGGCUUCUCAAUAGGGCCAGAACGGUUUUUGAUUUUGCAGAUAAGAACAGGGGAUCCUAUAAUGACACUCUUGGACACUGGGUUUGUCCCUUCUAUUGUGAUUUCAGUGGCUAUCAGGAUGAAUUGGUUUGGGGAGCAGCAUGGUUGUUCAAGGCAACAAAAGAACCUUACUAUUGGAAUUAUGUCACGACAAGCAUACACACCUUGAACAGUAUUGUGGAACAUAGAGACAUUGAUGGUGUCAUAUAUACAGAUGGUUAUUCCUUUGCUGAGUUUGGAUGGGAUACAAAAACCGCUGGAAUAAACGUACUGAUGUCCAAGUUUCUCGUGUCUAACGCCAGUGCAAGCUCUACCCCAUUCAUUACCGACGCGGACAAUUUCAUUUGCUCAGUUUUGCCGGAAUCACCAACCAAAUCAGUAUCAUAUUCUCCAGGUGGGCUUUUGUUUAAACGUGGAGGAAGUAACUUGCAGCAUGCAACAGCCUUGUCAUUUCUUCUAGUUGCAUAUUCACGUUAUUUGAAUCAAGCCAAGAGAGUAGUCCACUGUGGUAAUAAUAUCGUGGCCUCUCCCUCUAGGCUUAUCCAGGUCGCAAGAAGCCAAGUGGAUUACAUCUUAGGAAAUAAUCCAACUAAAAUGUCAUAUAUGGUAGGUUAUGGUGCAAAGUUUCCUCAAAGAAUUCAUCACCGUGGAUCAUCUUUACCGUCGAUAGAUAAUUGGAAAGCACACAUAGAUUGUCAUGGUGGGACCACAUACUUCCUUAGCAAUAGUCCUAAUCCAAAUGUGCUAGUAGGAGCCAUCGUUGGAGGACCUGAUUUUUCCGAUUCUUACUCUGAUUCUCGAUCUGAUUUUGUCCAUUCUGAGCCCACUACAUAUAUCAAUGCACCUUUUGUGGGUGUUUUGGCUUACUUUAAAUCACAUCCAUCCAAUUAGCUUUAUUUGUAACUCUUUUUUUUUUUUUCUCCCUUCGUUUUUCAUUCUCAAGAUGAAUUUAAUAUAUUGUACUUUUUAGAAUAACGAAUUGUCGAAAAGAAAUACAAGAGUAUAAUAAAAGUUAGAGAUUUGAUUGAA